AUGUCAUGUGCGAUGAGAAUUCUUCGUUGCGUUGCGGAGGGAUGCAAUUCUGAUGAAAGAAAAAGGGGAAGAUAUGGUUACAUGAAAGAUGUAAGAUUUUACCCCUUUCCAACCCAGAAAAAAACGCCUGCACAAAGAAAACGCUGGCUGGACCUCUUGAGAAGAGAAAAUUAUGAGCCAAAGAGAAAUCACAGAGUAUGCUCUCUUCAUUUUAAGGAAGGCAGACCAACAGAAGAUCAUCCAUACCCAGAGCUCUUUGCAUAUAAUAAUUUUAAGGAAAGUCUGAAGAUUCGUUCAACAACUUCUAUAUCCAAGAGGAAACAGUGUAUUGUACAAGACCCUCAUUCUGAAAUCUCAGUUCCUCCCCCAGUGGAUUCCCUGGCUGCCAAUGAAAGAGUACUUCAUUCGCAGAUUAAUAAUGACAAUUCCAUUUUUGUUUCUGGAGAAUUGAAUGGAAGUUGGCCAAUAACUCAAGAAAUAGAAGUGAGUGAUCAUGAGCGUCCAACAGCUGGAUCUUUUCCUGACACAGGUGAAAUUUUCGAAAGACUUGUUAUAUAG